ACCUGAAACAUAUAAUAAUAUCUUUUCAAUUCGUAUGCACUUCGUGCGAGGUAUUUAAUUUUGAAACGGAGUGUAUACAAAGUGGCGUUAAGGUAUGCGAUGAAUGGACGAGAAAAACUUCCGUGUGCCGACCUCGAUGAAUUAAGUUCGUAAGAAAGAGCGACAAUGUUAACGGUAUAUCGGAAUCCUUUGGUAAAGCCAAACUGGUAUCCGAUCUGUGUCACGACCCGUUUCUCUUCACCUACAGACCUGUCUGAGUGAACACGUAUGGAUAAGGUGCCUAAAAACUCUCCCCGUUCGUUGAUCUUGUUUCAGCCACUUUCUUCGUGUCAUCAUCAAAUUGUUAUAAACCAUCAGGGUUUUCUAUCGAUUCUUCAAAUACCAAUGAAACAUUACAGUACCGAGACUGGGCAGGCUUUCCACGCGUAAACGCGUGUCAGAACGCGGCAGGACUUUUAAUUAGAUGCUCAGAAGUCCAGGUCAAUUAACUUUCUACAGGACUUGGAACGGCCAGGUCCAGCAAAGGUGUGACCAUAGCGUCGGUAGAAAUUUUUUUUUUUUUUUUUUUUCUCAGCUUUCACCGAGCAAGUGCGGAUCCAAAACGGAAACCAGGCCAGUGACCCAACGUGUAAAAGCGUGAACGUGAGUGGCGGUAGAAAAAUCUGGUUCCGUACGCGACCCUGACCCACAGCCAAAGUCAUGGCUGUUUCUCGUCCUCGAUCAGAAAUCGUGUGAUACAAUUUUCCUCGUCAACCUGUCGGCGAUCGAUCACGGUUUUAUUUUUCCUGAUUACAUUUAACGAUAGCUUCCGUUUCGAAGGUGGAUAUAUCAAGGGAUCAUCGGACCGAUCGACGUAUCAAUAAUAAAUAACGUUCAAUCUUUCUGGACUUCAAAAUGUCUUGGAAUUUUCCAAGUUUCAAUAUUUCAGAAUUGUAUGGUUCUCUUUAAUCAACGGACGAUUCUAGAAGCAUUGAGAAAUCGUAAAUGCAUAAUUAUUUAUAUCGUGAAAGUAACAGAAAAAAGUAUUUGAAAGAAAUAAGAUAAUUUUGCGAUAAAUCCAUUCGCAAUAAUGUAUUACGGUAUACGAAUUUUUCCACUUUACGAGCGAGGGUUAAAAUUAGAGUUCUAAUUAAUAAUUCUGCAUUUGUACGAGAAGCAACCGCUGCGAAGGGGUUAAAAAAAAGCUAAGUGACAACACAUCACGCAUCGAAUGAUAAAUGAAACGAACAGUACAUUUCGAGAAAUCAUGAGAAUAGGAAAAGAGAACUUAUCCUUUGGACGAUGGUGUUAGAAAUAAAAGUCAAUACACAAGUUUUUGUUUUUUUUUUGUAAAAACAAUAAAUUAUCUGUAUUUUGCAAUCCAGAAUGGACAAUGCCUCUGUACAAGCAUUUUCUUUUUUCUAAACAGAAACGUUAUAUUACAAUGAAAUAAGCGACACCGUAUUUGGCCAUGGUUUUUCAAAGGGGUGUUUUUAAAAUGAAAACAAUCCAUUUUGAAUUAAAAAAGAUUGCGUUAAUAAGUGGCCAGUUACCGAAUCGCUUAUUUUGUUAUUCGUGGCUCUGUUUCUCUCUCACUCUUACAUAAAAACACGCGGAAUCCCUCAUUAUUCUUUUUUUUUACAAAUGUUUCGACAAAAGAAAGAAAAUACGUGACGUGAGGUCACCAAGCCAAAGCACCUUUCAAUACUAUUUAUCUCACACCAUCAAAGUACCUUUCCUUCGUUUCGCAUUAACGUCCAAUAUCUAUAAUUACUUUUCAUGCAUGCAUUUUAAAGUGAAAUUCGCUGAAAAAUAGAGAAAAAGAAAUAAAAAUUUGAGGCGGAUGUAUAAAGCAUCUUAUAAAAUAAUACGGUGCUGUCUGUUUAGUUUUAUAUACAUAUAUAUAACUGUGUACUGAUGAUAUUUACCAUGUUCGAGCUCAGUUGGAUAUAUCUACCCAUAAAAAUCAAUUAAAAAUAUUCUCUGAAGUCAAUAGAAACAUAAUAUAAUAAAUUCUAUUCAAAAUAUGAAAAGUAGCGAGAAAGCCGCCAUUGCGAUUCCGCGCAUGCGCGCUCACUCUCCGCGCAUGCUGCGCAGUCUCGUGGGGGCAGUCGCGUGCCGACGCCUGUGGUGGGAACACUGCGCUGCGCAACGAUCCCAUUUCGUGGACAGCACUGUACUAUUAAAUGAAUAUAAGGUAACCUCUUCAUUUUGUAGUCAGCGAAAGAAAUGCAGGUACUUUGAAUUAUUUCUCAUUCCAUUGCUGUUCUUACGCGAGUUUCGAAUACUUUAGCUAUGUACAAUCCCCUUCAUAUUCGUUUUCGAAUUUUCCUAUGCUGUUCGACAUGCAAAUGAUUAUGAUUAAAGAUAUCGAUGUUAAUAAAUAAAAACAUUAGAAAUAGAAUAAAUAUUAUCGUUAUUAAAUUACUACAACUACUACCAACGAAAUGAAAUAUGAAAAUACUCGUUUCAGGAUAAUUUUUCAAUGAGAAGAAUGAAAUUCGUCGAACAGCAUCAAUCGAUAGGAGCUUCUCAGAUGAAACCUCGUACUGGACCUUUUGCCUUUUUCAAAGUGCGCAAGUUCUGUUAGCCGUAAGAGCGGUAUUCGCAACGAUUGACGAUAGCGGUAAUGAAAUAUCGCGAAUAGUUUGGACGAACAGCGAGGAGUUGGCAAAUUUAAUCGAAAGUACGUAGAGGUAUGUGAACGCAUGGGCGGACGGUACGAUUUCAGGUGAACGAAAAUCCGGAAUUCUGUUUGAGGACAAGGAGCGAAAGCAACGCCUGAUUGCUGGAGCGAUCGUCUAACUUGUUCGCGCAUUUGGCCAGCAUUUUAUGCGAUCCGGGAGUCCGUAAGGAUCAGCGUGUCCGUCGUCGACUCUCCAUUCGAUUGGAAUAUGGGAUUUGGUGUCACAACGCGCCAAGGAAGUAGUCCGCCGCUUCGUGAAUUAGUAAUCAGGAUGUGUGCUGCGACUGACGAACACAUUUUUCGUGUAUACGACCGUCACAUACCUUGGCCCAGUUGCCUGGACCAUCCGGUACCUGUUGAAGAAGCGGCAGAGAAAGGCGAGGAAGAGUGAUAGUGAAGAAGAGAGGAAGAUAGCAGAAGGAAAGAAAAAAAAGAACGGAUGAAAUUAAAAGAAAGAAAGGCGAUGACGAGAUGAAAAAUUGAAAGAGAAAGUAAAAAGGAGAAACAGAGAAAUAGAGGAUGCAACAGGUGAGAGCUGUUAUUAAUGAUCGUGUAAUGGAAGAAGAACAAGGAGUUAGAAUGAUAGAAAUUCUCUGUAAAAAAAAAAAAAGACUAGAAAUUGAGAGUAACCAAGAGGCGAGAACCGUCGUAGGGAACAAGAGUAGGAUAAAAGCGAUUCUUUGUAAUUUCUUCUAACAUGUACAAUUUUUUAGAAAAUUGAUUUUUAAAAAAAGUACAUCGAUUGGAGAUGGUAAAAGCUAACAUGCGUGAAUUGUCCCACGCUGGAAUCCUUGACUGUGUCAUUCGCCCCAAGAAUGUCAUUCAUUAUUCAUUGAAUGAGCGAGAAUGUAUUGCCCCCGAAUUGUGUGCUUGUACGGUCUUAUUGAAAAUUCAAAUUCGCAAUACUUUCAGAGACAAAAAUACACGUGUUAUAGCUAUUCAGAUUUUUUUGUACAGUUACAAUCAGUAGAAUCACCCAGCGUAGUUCGAAUAAUAAAAAAGUAAAUUGAUUUUAGGGUGGUUGUAUCACAACAGACUUGGUACCAAUCGCGUCAAAAUGGAAAUAUUUGAAUUUAAAAUUAUAACAUUUAAUAUAACUGGAGAACGCUAUUUAUAACUUUUUUCCAACCAGAGGAUUAUAGAUAAUAUUAAUUCUGUUAUAACAUUUAAGUUUUAGUAUGAAAUUAAUGUUAUCUAUAAUAAAUAAGUAAACAAAGUACAAUUUUCUUAUCAUAUAAAUAUAAAUACAAUCGCUUUUAUUUUUAAAUACUUAAGUUGUUCUGUAAUUUACUGUUGUUAACUGCGCAUCUACGCAUCGACAGAAUUAUAUUCUAGGAUUCAAGGAUAAAGGGAAUUCCAGAGUUUUAAAUAUAUUUAUUACAACUAUAAUGGCACAGUCAUGUACAUCUCCGGCUUGUACAAACAAUAUGCAUGAAAAUCUCUCUGUUUCUUGCAAUGACUUUACAACAGAUUUUUAUAAAGAAUUAUCUGCCACUAAUGAUAAAAAUAUUGUUAGUUCACCGCUAAGUAUCCACAUGAUAUUAUCCUUACUUUCUCAUGGAGCAGAAGCUGAAACUUUUGAUGAACUGAUCAAUGGUAUUCGUUACCAUUAUAAGGAUUUAAUACAAGAUGCAUAUAAAUCUUUAAUAGCUCAACUGAAUGAGCUGACAACAGUUAAGUUAUAUAUUGCAAAUGCGGUAUGUAUUCAAAAUGGAUUUGAAUUACACACAGAAUUUUCAGCAAUAGCAGCAGAAGCUUAUCAAUCUGAAAUUAUGAGUAUAGACUUUAAGCACAGUAAAGAUGCAGCUAUGAAAAUCAACGCGUGGAUUGAAUCAAAAACAAAUGAUAAAAUAGUAGAUCUUGUAUCUUCAGAUAAUAUCGACGAGGAAACGAAAUUGGUACUAAUAAAUGCAAUUUAUUUUAAUGGUAAGUGGUUACAUAUGUUUGAUAAGCAAAAGACACAAAAUAGAGAAUUCUAUGUUGCUAAAGAUAAAACAAAAUCAGUACCAACAAUGUUUAACAAAUCCAACUACAAUUAUGGUAAAAUACCAAAAUUGCAUGCAAAGUUUAUUGAAAUUCCAUACCAGAAUAUGGAUAUCAUAAUGACAAUAUUAUUACCCGACGAAGUAGAUGGUCUGACAAAUUUGCAAAGUAAUUUUUCAUGGGAAAUACUUAAAAAUGCAUCUCGAUUGAACAGAGAAGUCCAAUUAUAUCUUCCAAAAUUUAAAAUAGAGUUUACUGUAGACUUGGAAACUAUUUUACGUACGCUCCGCGUAAAUAAAAUAUUUGAAGAUAAUGCCAAUUUCAAUCGCAUUUCGAAUAAACCAUUGAAAGUUAGCAAAAUUUUGCAUAAAGCGAUAAUAGAAGUUGAUGAAACAGGUACCGAAGCUGCAGCCGCAACAGUUACUAAUAUGAGAUUUUGUCGAAUGGCAAACUUACCGGAAGAAUUCAUUGUCGAUCGGCCUUUCAUGUUUAUAAUUGAGCAUAAACAAACUAAUAUACCACUUUUCAUUGGAAACGUGAGAGAUAUAAAAGUCACAUCUCAAAAAGACGAGUUAUAAGUAACACUUUAUUUUAAUCAAAGUACACGUUUUUCCCUUAUAAAAUAUAUAUGCACAAAUAUAAAAUAUAUAUAUGCAAUUCCAUUCGUAAACCAGUUACGUAAUUGUUGCGUUAAAAAUCUUUAAUGCUUCAUUUAUAAUGUUCCUUAAUUCUAUUUAUUAACUCUUCUUUUUUACCAGAUGUUUUUAAACAUAACUUCUGUAAUAUGUUUUUUAACUGAGGUACUGUGAACUUUUGUAUCUGUAAAACAAGCUCUCGGAUUUUAUUUGGAUCUUCUAACGCAGUACUUUCUCCUGCUGUGCCAGCACUUUUACUUUUUUUCUUGGCCGGUUCAACCCUUGAAUUAUCAGUGUCUUCAUUAAAUAUUUCAUUGUAUUCUUCCAAUAAGUCUUUUACCCGUUCCCGUAUCUCUUCAGUGUUUGGAACUGGAAUAAAAUUUUAAUUAUAUGUAUGACAAAAUGUGGUGGCCCAAAGUGGUACAACGGAUGAUAAGAAAUAGGUUUUAUACAAAUUAAAUCAAUGCCUCGUUCUCGCAUUGUACACCAAGUCCUUUCUUCCGCUAGUAUUUAAUAAAAUUCUAAGGAAAUAGAAGAAAUUUGAAUAAAACUCUGUCUUACACGCAAAGGUUACAAAGAACAACAUCUAUAUUCACAUUUUCUCCGAGUCUCAAAGGGAGUUUUGCCAUAUUCCUAGAUGGUAAUUUUAUUUGCUGCACUAUAUCUCUUAAAGACAUUCUCUCGUAAUCAUCAGGAUCUAUUUUUUCAGAUAGCAUUUCUAAAUCUUUAUAAAAGACAUCAUGAUUCCAAUUUUCACCCAGCCCAACAACAAAUAACUGAAGUUCUAUAUCAUUGUAACUUUGUACUUUUACUCUUAUUCUAUGUUUUUCAUUAUCAGUCACUGGUGGAUUAUCUUUACAUGUAAAAAGAAGAACUUUCCGAAUUGGCAUAGUAACAGUGACAGACCUAAAUACUCUUGCUGCUUCCCAUAAAACAUCAUGUAAUGGAUAAGCUGUAGUAGAAGCAAUAUCUUUGUAAUAUUUCCACUUGCCUCCUUCAUCUAAACAAAUUAUUUCAAAAUUAUUUUACUAUUUCAUUACUUGCAAUCAUAAAAAUAAUUACCUAUUUCCAUUAUUUCUUUUAAAUCACCCAUUGAAACAACAUCUAAUUUCUGCAGGGUUAAAAUAUGUCUUGUUCCUGAAUUUGUAUCCCCUUUAUCUGUACCAAAUAGAAUUAAACCCAUCCAAUCUUGUCUGCACCAUA